GAGUCGACCAGCCCCACCAUGCUGCCCCCAGACAACACUCUAGAGCGCUCCUUCUUCAUCCGUAUGAAGUCCACACUGACCAAGAGAGGCGUCCACAUCAAGUCUUCAGGCUAUAAGGUAAGACCCAGAGGCAUGGUGGCCGAGCCACAGAUAUCCUAUAAUUCACACCCCCACAGCCGUAUAUUGUUAUACAGUGCAUUCGGAAAGUAUUCAGACCCCUUGACUUUUUCCACAUUUUGUUACGUUACAGCCUUAUUCUAAAAUGGAUUAAAUAGUUUUUUCCCUCAUCAAUCUACACACAAUACCCCAUAAUGACAAAGUGAAAACAGGUUUUUAGAAAUGUUUGCAAAUUUAUUAAAAAUUAAAAUCUGAAAUUCCUUAUUUACAUAAGUAUUCAGACCCUUUGCGAAAUUGAGUUUAGGUGCAUCCUGUUUCCAUUGAUCAUCCUUGAGAUGUUUCUACAACUUGAUUGGAGUCCACCUGUGGUAAAUCCAAUUGAUUGGACAUGAUUUGGAAAGGCACACACCUCUCUAUAUAAGGUCCCCAGUUGACAGUGCAUGUCAGAGCAAAAACCAAGCCAUGAGGUCGAAGGAAUUGUCUGUAGCGCUCCGAGACAGGAUUGUGUCGAGGCACAGAUCUGGGGAAGGGUACCAAAAAAUGUCUGCAGCAUUGAAGGUCCCCUAGAACACAUCUCUGCAGCACUCCACCAAUCAGGCCUUUAUGGGUCCUCUGUAGCUCAGCUGGUAGAGCACGGCGCUUGUAACGCCAAGGUAGUGGGUUCGAUCCCCGGGACCACCCAUACACAAAAAUGUAUGCACGCAUGACUGUAAGUCGCUUUGGAUAAAAGCGUCUGCUAAAUGGCAUAUUAUAUUAUUAUUUAUGGUAGAGUGGCCAGACGAAAGCUACUCCUCAGUAAAAGGCACAUGACAGCCCGCUUGGAGUUUGCCAAAAGGCACCUAAAGGACUCUCAGACCAUGAGAAACAAGAUUCUCUGGUCUGAUGAAAGAUUGAACUCUUUGGCCUGAAUGCCAAGCGUCACAUCUGGAGGAAACCUGGCACCAUCCCUACGGUGAAGCACGGUUGUGGCAGCAUCAUGCUGUGGGGAUGUUUUUCAGUGGCAGGGACUGGGAGACUAGUCAGAAUCGAGGGAAAGAUGAACGGAUCAAAGUACAGAGAGAUCCUUGAUGAAAACCUGCUCCAGAGCGCUCAGGACCUCAGACUGGGGGCGAAGGUUCACCUUCCAACAGGACAAUUACCCUAAGCACACAGCCAAGACAACACAGGAGUGGCUUCGGGACAAGUCUCUGAAUGUCCUUGAGUGGCCCCGCCAGAGCCCGGACUUGAACCCGAACAAACAUCUCUGGAGAGACCUGAAAAUAGCUGUGCAGUGACGCUCCCCAUCCAACCUGACAGAGCUUGAGAGGGUCUGCAGAGAAGAUGGGAGAAACUCCCCAAAUAGAGGUGUGCCAAGCUUGUAGAGUCAUACCCAAGAAGACUCGAGGCUGUAAUCACUGCCAAAGGUGCUUCAACAAAGUACUGAGUAAAGGGUCUGAAUACUUAUGUAAAUGUGAUAUUUCAUUUAAUAUUCAGUUUACAUUCCAGUCUUUUUCUAGUAUGUAAAUAUUGUUUUGUAUUUCAGUUUGAGUUGUGAAAAAGAGAGCAUGGCCAAAACAUGACAAUCGUACUCAGCAUGACAGAACAAUGUUAGUUGUCGGUGUUAACAUACUGUAUGUAUGGAAAAAGAGUCACACAGGCUCAACAUUAAGUUGAUAAGAUGUAUGGCUUGUGGGGGCUUUGGGACAGAGAGAUAGGAUUAAGGCUGAUGCUUUGGGUAGUGAGGACACACAGGGACGAGCCCAGCCUCAUCCUGAUGCCCCUCUCUCUCUCCAAGGAUCUCCAGAUCAUCUCUGUCUCUGGCCUCAUUUUGGCUUCAUCACACGCUAAUGCACUUUGGGUUCUCAAGGGUGGACCCAACAGCAGUGGAGUGGGGCUGGAUAUAGCUCUUCAAUGCCUUUAUAAUAUUGUGUUUCAUUAGUCUUGGACUGUGAGGAAAAAAACUGUUUUAAUAUUUAUUUUGUAUAAAAAAAAUGGAAGGUAAUGGCUGUCUAUGGUAGUGAACGAAGGUCUGUGUGUGUGUGUGUGUGUGUGUGUGUGUGUGUGUGAGAGAGAGAGACUUUAUUCUUUUGAAACUUCUGAGUGUAAUGUUUACUGUUAAUAUUUAUUGUUUAUUUCACUUUUGUUUACUAUCUACUUCAUUUGCUUUGGCAAUGUUAACAUACGUUUCCCAUGCCAAUAAAGCCCUUAAAUUGAAAUUGAAUUGAGAGAGAGAGAGACAGAGAGAGAGAUAAAUAAAUGUUGUUUGCAAUGUCCACCUAGACAUACUGUUGCGAAAGUAUUCACCCCCCUUGUCAUUUUUCCUAUUUUGUUGCCGUACAACCUGGAAUUAAAAUGGAUUUUUUGGGGGUUUGUAUCAUUUGAUUUACACAACAUGCCUACCACUUUGAAGAUGCAAAAUAUAAGUAUUUUUUUUUAUUUCACUUCACCAAUUUGGACUAUUUUGUGUAUGUCCAUUACAUGAAAUCCAAAUAAAAAUCAAUUUAAAUUACAGGUUGUAAUGGAACAAAAUAGGAAAAAUGCCAAGGGGGAUGAAUACUUUUGCAAGGCACUGUAUAUUCGAUGCAAAUAACCAUGAAGUAUGGUCGCCAUGGUGUCCAGGCAUAAAUAUUCACAUACGCACACAUGCAUAUAUUACCAGCCAGACAAGGGCACUUCUUAUUACAUUUACUUUAAAUUAAGUCAACACUUUGUGUUGUUACAGUACAUAAUACAGGUGGGUGGUAGGUAGGAAUUAAUUUUGCAUACGGCAUCUACCGGGCAUUAGGUGAUCUGCGCCUCCAUCCUGGGUGGCAAUGCGAGGCAUGGUGGCGUUGGCGGCACGCAUCAUGUCUGCUUAUAUCCCCACUCUACUCUGGAGGUCAAAUCAAAGCUCCAGCUUUUUUUUAACAGAUCUCAAUCCCCCCCCCCCCAAAUCUCAUUUAAUGCACUCAUGUAAAGGUUCUCCUUUAUUAUUUGUGCUGUAUCACAUUUCAAAAGCACUCCAGAGAAUCCCCAGGAACAGAUGAAUCUUAUUUCUUAUGUAUACCUCUUCUAUAUUCACCGGUGGAGGGAGAGAGUGCAUUCAUUGUGUGCUGAACCAUGAAUUAUAAAAAUGGAUCCCUUUGUUAUGUUGGCUUGUAUUAAGUUUAGAUAUGCUAUUCGACUGCCUCUCACUGCCGCUGUUGUGAACCCUUGACGUGUCAGUUUGCAUUUAACUGCCUGAUCAUAUUUAAUGUUUCGCCAGAGCUUAUGAUGUUCUUGCCAAGAGCACUCCUGUAGCAAUCUAGCUGCCCACCAUUUGCUUAAAAAGUUGUCUUAUUUAAACUAAAAAAUUUUAUACCCCUAGGUUUGGGCUUCCGAAGAGAUAAUUUCCAUUUUAUAUGUGUUUUUAAUACAUUUUAAUGUUUAUUUAUUUAACAGAGAGCUCCUUUGUAUUCAUUGGAGUGGAGCAGAGCGGUGUGCAUUUUAUUGUGCAUGGUCUGGCGUCCUGUGGAGUGGUGCUGGUGUUUAUCUUAUUUAUAGUCCCCUGUGUAGCUCAGUUGGUAGAGCAUGGCGCUUGCAACGCCAGGGUUGUGGGUUCGUUUCCCACGGGGGGCCAGUAUGAAAAUGUAUGCACUCACUAACUGUAAGUCGCUCUGGAUAAGAGCGUCUGCUAAAUGACUAAAAUGUAAAUAUCUGAAGCAGAGCACCAUGGCCUUGUUCCAUCCAGCCAGUACAGUCAUUAGUCAUCUUCCUCUGCCCUGGUCUCAUUGUGCUGCUGUGAUGUCUUAUUGAAGCCUGCCAACCAACAGCCUUGUCAAGUGUGUGUCAGCACCUACCUGGCUGUCACUCUGUGGUCUGAUCAAGAUAGACAGCAAACUGCCUGUCUGAUGUGUGAGGCUGAUCAGCUUACUGUCUGUCUGAUGUGUGAGGCUGAUCAUCUAACUGUCUGUCUGAUGUGUGAGGCUGAUCAGCUAACUGUCUGUCUGAUGUGUGAGCCUGAUCAGCUAACUGUCUGUCUGAUGUGUGAGGCUGAUCAGCAUACUGUAUCAGACCUGGGUUCAAGUACUAUUUAAAAUAAUUUAAAAUACUACAUCUGGGCUUGAUUUAGCUUGCCUGGCACAAAUAGUGUGUGAACACAGGCUGAUUUGAGGAGGCUGAUUUGCUGCAUAGAUCUAGAUAACACCUAUCAGACUGUAGGUAGCACUCAUAUGCAUUCAACAAAGUGAUUCUGGGUGGGUCAACCAGACUUUAUUUACAUGAUUAAAUGAUACAUACAUGAUGUAAAAUGUUACAGAAAUUACUGAAACUACAAAAUAUCUGGGACAUGUAUAUCACAUGUAACUCAUAAUAAUAUGAUAUAUCUAAAACAUAAAAUAUAUCUAACACAUAUUCUGCACAGUAGCUGAUUAACAUGUUACAGAAAUUACUGUAACUGCAAAAUCAUGGGGGGCAUAUCUAACAGAAUAUAAUCUGGAUGGGUAGCUGAUUGAGAGCACCUUUAACUGUUCUUAACUAUUCUUCACAGUCAUUCCACUGGUGACAUUGAACAAGUUCUCACUGCACUCUUCAGCUUUAAAAAGACAGCAAAGUCUCACUCCUCUUCUCUCUCUCAGAGCAGUAUGACUUCAAGCACUAGACAGGCUGCACACCUCGGCCCCAAAAUGCCUCGCCUAGCAUUCUGUUUGAUGUGUUUUAGCCGGUCUUGGCUCAUACUCGCUUUAAAAGAAACACUGUUCCAUCAUGCCAUUGGAUGUGCUAUACAGCGUUGUAGUUUAGUUGUAUUCAAAAUGGGUUUGAAACAAUCAUUCACAGUUCUUCUUUGUCUUUAGAAACUCCAGGGAAAAGGAGUCAGUAUCAUUUAACUGUGGAGACUGUUGAUGGCUUCUAGCAUGUCACAAUCACUGAUGGUUUCCCUUUGAAAAGGAGACAUCAUACACCAUCAGAACCAUUUUCCUCCUGGACCAGCUGUCUGAUGGGGCCAUUGUAACAUGUCAAUGUUCUGUUAGCUUUCCAAGCUUCAACAACAAUGACAUGCCUGGAAUAGGGCUGUUAUUUUUUUGUUGUGUCUCUCUUCCCAAUUGGCAUUCAAUGUCUGGGUCCCAUUGUUGAGGGUUGCCUGUCCCUGGUGGGGCAGAAAGGCUCUGAGGCUUUGAAUGAGUUUAGGGAGCAGGAUCUGUCUGUGUGAAUGAUGAUAAUGGCGUCUCACCAAUCUCAGAGGUGUGCCACUGAGAGGCCAGUGCCAGUAGUUUAAAGACUACAAAACAAUUCCCCCUGGGUUUAACCUGGCAGUGAUUAAAAUGGAUGGAUCUGAAAGUGUAGUUUGCAUAUCUAGUCAGUUCCUCCUCUAGGGCAGAAUGGAGCUACAAAGACUUUAAAGCUUAGCAAAAACUUUAAAGCUAGCGAUAAUUAGUAUCUUCAACUCUCUCUCUUCUCUUCUGUAGAAUAUCAUUUGAGGAGAAAACAUUUGUCCUCACCUCCACCCUCGCUAUUUUGUGUUUAGAAUAUUUUGGACUGAAAACUCUCUCUCUCUCUCGCUCUCUCGCUCUCUCGCUCUCUCGCUCUCACGCUCUCUCUCUCUCACGCUCUCUCUCUUUUGCUCUCGCUCUCUCUCUCUCCGUCUCUCUCUUUCUCUCUCUCUCUCUCUCUCUCUCUCUCCAUCUCUCUCUCUGUUUCUCUGUGUGUCUCUGUCUCUCUCUUUCUCUGUGUCUCCCCCUCUCUCCCUUCUAUAGGUGAUCCAUGUUACAGGCAGGCUGAGGAUCCAGAUGGCGUUGACCCACAGUCGGUCGGUACCCAUUCAGAUCAUGGGCAUGGUGGUGGUAGCCCACGCCCUCCCCCCUCCCACCAUCAACGAGGUGCGCAUAGACUGCCAGAUGUUUGUCACCAGGGUCAACAUGGACCUCAACAUUGUCUACUGUGAGAAUAGGUAAGACUUGACUUGACUUUAUUUUACUGUACCCACAUGGCAGUGAAAUACAGAACUGAAAUGCAUUGGUAACGUUUGAAAACUUCUGAAACCCUACCUCUUCAAAGAGUAUCUUAAAUAAUUCCACAGCAAAACUUGGCAUUACGUUGCUCUUAUAGUUGUGUAGGUAGUUACACACUAAUCGCUAGUGUUGUUACAAAUUGCUUUAAUAAUGUAUUUGUAAUUUCAUAGUAAUACAUUUACAUUUAAGUCAUUUAGCAGACGCUCUUAUCGUAAUAGGCCUAUUGUCACGACUUCCUCCGAAGCUGUCAUCUCUCCUUGUUCCGGCAGGCUUCGGCGUUCAUCGUCACGGGCCUUCUAGCCACUGCCGCUCCUCAUCUCAUCAUUCCAUUUGUUUUGUCUUGUUUAUUACACACACCUGGUUCAUAUCCCCUCAUCAGUACAUGUAUAAGUGUUCCCUCUGCCCCCUUGUCUUUGUGUGUGAUUGUUUAUUGUGGAGGAUAGAGAAGCUCGGUGGAGCUCCGUGUAUUUUGUAUCGCUGGGAUAUUUCCCAGUGUGCCUUGUAUUUUCCAGUGUGCCUGAUUUGCGCACUGCAGUGUUUUUGACGCAUUUCUGCGUAACUCUGUGUUUCAGAAUAAAGCCUGUUAUUCUGUGAUUUACCCUCCUGCGCCUGACUCCUUCGAAAUCACCUCAUCACACCUAUAUACUGUACACCUCAUCAUGUACAUUAUAUUUCUUUGCUACCUGUCCUCAUCUCUGUGGGAUUGAGAUCACUGAGAUCGUUUUUUUUUACCCCUGUCUGCCAGACAGUCAGUUAUUUAUGGGGAAAUCACAUUUGGACAGUCAGUUUUACAGUGAGAUAGCCUCAGCCUUUCUGGUAAAUAACAUAGGAAACUGAUCAGGACUACUUUCAUGAGUUUCAUAGGGUGUUUGGGAAGACUAGAAAUAUCAGAAAUAACCACACAAUAUUUAAGACAGAUAGUAGACAGAUUGCUUUUGGGUGAACAAAAAAAUAAUAGAUAGAUUAUAUUCAAUACUAAAUGAUAGGCAUUUUAUCACGCGAAAUGGGAAGACAUCCUGUAGCUCAGUUGGUAGAGCAUGGCGCUUGCAACGCCAGGGUUGUGGGUUCGUUUCCCACGGGGGGCCAGUAUGAAAAUGUAUGCACUCACUAACUGUAAGUCGCUCUGGAUAAGAGCGUCUGCUAAAUGACUAAAAUGUAAAAAUGUAAUCCUAUGUUCCAUUAUAUCCAUUUGUCCCUGAAUGUUUGUAUAAUACUUACUGUAUCUUUGUCAGAGGCAUUAGUCUGACAUAUCAGGAUGACAAGAAAAAUGCUCUAUCUGGUUACACUGUAAUGACAUUGCAUUUUAAGAGCCGUUUGAAUCUGUCUCCGUUUCCAUUGGUGCUUCUUCUCUUGCCGUCAUCACAUGCUGAAUCCUUUUCAAAUCCCUGUUCUAGAAUUAGCGACUACAUGGACCUGAUGCCAGUGGACAUUGUAGGGAAGAGGUGUUACCAGUUUAUUCAUGCGGAGGACGUGGAGGGCAUCCGGCACAGCCAUUUAGACUGUGAGUAUUAUACCUAUACUUUAAGGGUUACCACAUCAUUUCAGUAUUGA